CUCUUCUCUCCUUCUGUUCCUUUCCCCUCCUCUGCCUCCCUCUCCUCUUCUUGCCCCCGAUUCCUAGUCAGAUAACACCACACCCAGAAUGUGAGGCCCCCUAGGCAUGACUGAUGCUGCCUUCCUCUGGUGCUACACGGGGCCUGUGGGGAAAUCAGGGGUGCUUAGUGUAUACAACAUGAUUCUGAGCCUCAGUCUCCCCAGCUGUGAAGUCAAAGACAGGCUGCCUUCUCUGACUCCCUAAGGAGCGAGUAGCCACAUGAAGAUUCUUAGAGCUCAGGAAGUCUGGAGCCCUGAAAGAUCUAUGAGGCUCAAGCUUUCCUAAAGUUCCCCCUUAGUCCUAAGGACCUGCUAAGGUGUGCCUUGGGGUGGCCCUAGAAUAUUCCUGUUUUCCUCCACAGGUGACAGCCUCUAGGCUGCAUGGCUGCAUAGAGGAUGAAGACCAACCCUGCGGGCUCCUCACUAGAAACCUGUCAAGCUGCAAGCCAGGUGGAGAAGGGCUGCACUGUCUGCCAGGCCUGUGGAGGGAUCGCAGGCCUGGGGUCUGCUUCAGGGUUGGGAUCAGGUCUUGGGCCAGGGCCUGGGACUGUCCCAGGGUCUGUGCCAGGACCUAGCACUACCUCUGUGACUAGCCUAGUACCUGGUGCUACUUCAGGGCCUGCUGCUGCUCUGGGGCCUGCUUUAGGAGCGGGACCUUUACCUGGACCAGGAGCUAGGUCUGGACCCGGGCCCGGAGCUGAGUCAGUACCUGGGCCAGCACCUCAGCCAGGAGCUGGGACAGGAGCUAGGCCAGUACCUCAGCUAGUAAAUGAGUCAGUACCUAGGCCAGGACCUACACCAUUACCUGGGCUGGGGCUAGGGUCUGGGACCAGACGAGGCUCUGGGACUGGUUCUAACCCCAGUGAAUCAGUGACAACCCCAGAACCAGCACAACAGCAGAAGACUCAGGCCAAACCCACACAGGCCCCCAGACAGAAGGUUCUGGUGACUGGAGGAGGAGGCUACCUAGGCUUCAGCCUGGGCUCCAGCCUGGCCAAGAGAGGCACUUCUGUCAUCUUGCUUGACCUCCGCAGACCCCAGUGGCCGCUACCCACAGGAACCGAGUUUAUCCAGGCUGAUGUCCGAGAUGAGGAAGCCCUGUACCAAGCCUUCCAGGGGGUGGACUGUGUCUUUCAUGUGGCCUCCUAUGGCAUGUCUGGGACUGAGAAGCUACAGAAACAGCAGAUUGAGUCUAUAAAUGUCGGAGGCACCAAGCUAGUGAUUAAUGUCUGUGUUCGUCGGCGUGUCCCAAGGCUUGUGUACACCAGCACAGUCAACGUGACAUUCGGUGGGAAGCCCAUAGAGCAGGGCGAUGAGGACUCUGUCCCAUACUUCCCCCUGGACAAGCACAUGGACCACUACUCUAGAACCAAAGCCAUCGCUGACCAGUUGACUCUCAUGGCCAAUGGGACACCCCUCCUAGGAGGAGGCACCCUCCGCACCUGUGUGCUCCGCCCCCCAGGGAUCUAUGGCCCUGAAGAACAAAGACACCUGCCCCGGGUGGCGAGCCACAUCAAGAAGAGACUGUUCAUGUUCCGGUUUGGGGAUCGCAGGACGCGCAUGAACUGGGUCCAUGUGCAGAAUCUGGUGCAGGCGCACAUGCUGGCUGCUGAGGCCCUCACCAUGGCUAAGGGCUAUGUGGCUAGUGGGCAGGCGUACUACAUCAACGAUGGGGAGAGCGUCAACCUCUUUGAGUGGAUGGCCCCACUGUUUGAGAAGCUGGGGUACAGUCAGCCCUGGAUCUGGAUACCAACUUCCUGUGUUUAUCUGUCAGCUGCUGUGAUGGAGUACCUGCACCUGGCAUUGAGGCCCAUCUGCACCAUCCCCCCACUACUCACCCGCAGUGAGGUGCUCAGCGUGGCUGUGACCCACACCUUCCAGAUUGCCAAGGCCCGCGCUCAGCUUGGCUACACGCCGGACAAGUUCAGCUUCGCCGAUGCAGUGGAGCGUUAUGUGCAAGCCACGACCCCGCAGCCCCGCGUCUUCACCACGCUGACGCUCCCGCGGCUGCUGCUCCUGCUGCUGCUCCUGCUCGGCCUGCUGGGCCUGACCCUGCACUUCCUAGGGCUGCAGUCUUUGCAGGCGGCAGUGCAACGCCUCUGAUCCCGCCCCCGAUCACCAGUCACCUAGGGCUCUCAGAGCUUGUACCUGAUUUAGGCACACCCCUGGAUCAUGACCCCGCCCCGAUUCCUGGCCACGCCCCUGCUUCACCCUCUAGGCUUGUGGUAUUCGUCCUCGUGUUUGGGCUCAGUUUCUCUGCUUUGGUCCAUGAGUCUCAACCGCAUUUCCCCCGCCCUCGGCUUCCUGAUCCAGCGUCACACUUUUUUCCCAGGCUGGGCGAGGCGGUUGAUGAGGUCGGAGCCGCCCAGCCUGCUGCUGCUGCUUCCCAGCCAUUUCCAGGUUCCUACCCAGUCCAGCCCUCUCCUCCCUAUUCCUCCCGAUUCUUCCUGCUCUGGUUUUGCCCUUUCGGCCGCCACCCUUAUGCUGAAGCCCCAACAAUGUGGUUGCUUCUUUAGGGACAGGCCUAACUCAUCUCUCUUGCUCGGUCCCCUUCCAGCCCUGCCUUUGGGGGUUUGUCUAAGUGUGUGAGUUCUGGUUGAUGGAGUCUGUGGAAUCGGACCUGUCUUCUGCUGCUUCUGGGGACAGUGGGGCCUCCUCCCUGCCAUGGCUUUCCUUUGAGUUUAUCCUGAUCUUGACACAGAUCUGUGUGUUGAUUAGCUGGGGAGGGAUGCCCAGCCCAGCUUGAUAUCUUUGUAUCCUCAGUUAAUGAGUGAAGAUGACCCGACCCAGUACAGUAAAAGGUUUCAGUAUCAGCAAAGGCAAGAAAGAAAAGAAAAGAAAGAAAAAAAAAACCUUAACAAAAGGAAAUUGAAUGUCUCAUAAAAAAGUACCAGUAUAAUAGACAAAAUAAGAGUCUGAUCAUAUUUUAUGGUUUAAUUUGUGUGUACUUAUGUGUGGAAUCAGUUUGUGGUUUUUGCAGACAGCAUCUCUCUCACUGGUUUGGAGUGUGGAGUGGUGAUGCUGGCCAGGAAAGCCUAAGGAUCCUCCCUGUCUCUUGCUUCCCAGCCCUGGGUUUGCAGGCCUAUGCCACCACACACAGCAUUUUGUUGAGUUCAGGUUCCCAUCCUUGUGUGGCAAGCACUUUACCGACUGAGCCAUCUCCCCA